UGUAUUACACAUCUUCUAUCUACAAAUCCCUCCCACCCACAUGCUACGGUCACUAACCCACUAAUUAACUCCUUCCCUCUCUGCCUGUCCCUAGAAUAAAUACACACCUACUCUCGCUGCACUCUACACCUCCUCUCGCUGCACUCUCAGUGAUCACUGCCUUUCCUCACCCUCUCUCUUUCUCACCCUCUCUCUCUCUCUCUCUCUCUCUCUCCUUCUUCAUCAUUCCUUUUCUCCUGCACCUCUCUUUUCCUCUCCUCAACUCAACUGAGUAGCCAACAUGUCUGGACCUCCAGCACCCGGUAUGAACUUGGGCCAGUCGCGCAUGGAGAUGGCUAAGGAUGUCAAAGACGAGGACAAACUCUACAAGUUCGAAGGGGUGAUCUACUCCUCCAUCAUGAGCCCGGCCGAGAACCUGGAGGGCGCUAAGACCAUGGAGGCGCGGGCUGACGACGUGAUGCUGGUGGCCUAUCCCAAGUGUGGAUUCAACUGGAUGGUGGCUGUGCUGCGUAAAAUGAUGGCUGCGGCCAGCGGGAAGAAAGAAACCCCUGACAUGCCACCACUGAUCGAGUUCUUCUCUCCAGACACACAGAAGCUCAUAGCUCAGCGGCCGUCUCCGCGGUUUCUGGGGACUCACCUGCACCCCGUCAACAUCCCCGUUUCUUUUAAAGAGAAGAAGACCAAGAUGCUGGUGGUGUGGAGGAACCCCAAGGACACGCUGGUCUCCUACUUCCACUUCAUGAACAAGAACCCAUUGCUGCCCAGCGUGGAGUGGGACAAGUUCUUCUCAGACUUCAUGAGCGGAGAAGUGGUUUGGGGUUCAUAUUUUGACCAUGCUGUUGCCUGGGAUAAGCUCAUGGACGAUCCAAAUGUGAAGAUUAUAACUUAUGAGGACCUCAAACAGGACCUGAGUGAGGGCAUCAGGCAGAUCUCCCAGUUCUUUGGCUUCCCCCUUACUGAAGAGCAGGUCCAGACCAUCUACUCAGAGACAACCUUCAGCGCUAUGAAGGAAAGUGGUUCUCAUGGCAAACUGGGCAGCGUCUUCUUCAGGAAAGGUGAGGUGGGCGACUGGAGGAAUCACUUCAGUGAGGCCCAGAGCCAACAGAUGGACGAGGAGUUCAGCAAGAGACUAGCAGGAACCAAACUGGGGGCCCUGCUCCAAUACGACACCUACUGCAAGUAGGGAAAGGCAGCAGGGAUCACACUUCAUCUCUGUGGGCCCUGCUCCAAUACGACACCUACUGCAAGUAGGGAGCUGUUACACAGAUCCCUUGCUUAGUUGAGCAUUCGGUAUUUUCUAGCAUAUCAAUAAAAAUCAAUAAAACAUACCCAAUCUUCAGUGUAUAGAAAUCCCUACACAAAUAUGACACCUACUGUACUGCAAGUAUAGAUAAGCAUAGUGAUAAUGCUGUUGAAUAUGCUGUUAUUUGUAAUGAUUGAUUUUGAAUGAAAUACACGUGGCAUUUUGGGGUCAAAGUGAAUUCAUACAGAAGUGCAAGUGGUUGGAAAAUUAAUUCAUAAUCAAUAAAGUGUUUCUUUGCA